AUGAGGUUCCUCCAAGCCUUCCUUGCGCUCCUCCCGUCAGCCAUACUGCAUCCGUCUAACCUGUCCAUCUCUGACAACGUACAGCCCGUCCUCCGUGUAGCAGCUUGUCUUGGGAUAAUAGGAGCAAUUUCUUGGGUUUGCCUUUUUAAAUCGAAGCGUCGCUUUCCUCUCCCACCAUCCCCUCCCACUUGGAGACUUCGUGGGCACUUCCUGCCGCCUCGCGGCUCAUUUCUCACUAUAGCGGGAUGGAUUGACGAAUACGGUCCUCUAAUCACCAUUCGGUCAAGAGUUGAGAACAUCGUUAUUAUCGGUCGUUACAAAGCCGUGGUAGAUAUUAUGGAGACUCAGGGCAAAUUACUAGCUGAUCGUCCUCCCGCUGGUGAAAUUUUUGGCGGCGGGAUCAGCGUUGCCGCCUUUGGGGAAAGGUUUCGUCGCAUGCGUAGAGCACUUCAUACUCAUCUUCAGCCUAAAGCAGCUGAGGCUUAUCAGCCCCUACAGAUGUCACACGCGAAGAAGACUGUCCUCGACAUCCUUGAUGAUCCAUACAACUUCCAGAACCAUGUGAAAACUUAUGCUGCGACGACAAUUAUGAAAAUUGCAUAUGGGAAGAGUGUGCCCACGUCUGCGACUGAUCCUGAAGUCAUUGAGAUUGCCAAACUCGUCAGGAUCGUUGGUGGAAUGCUCCACCCCGGUGCUUACUUGGUAAACUCGAUCCCCUGGCUCAAAUAUCUUCCUUGGUAUGGUCAAGACGUAAAACGGGGUUUUGAGAGGGGUAUGAAACUCAACGUGGGUCAGUUGAACCGCGUGAAAGAGCAGAUGAGCAAUGUGGACAUCGGCCCUUCGUUCGCCAAAUAUAUGCUAGAAAGUACCGAUCGCUUUGGUUUGACAGAGACUGAUGUGGCCGGUCUUGCUGGUGCCUUUUUUGGAGCUGGAUCUACUACGACUUCUGCAGCGAUAUGCACGGUGCUCAUGGCAGCCGCAUGUUUCCCGGAGGAGCAAGCUAUAGUUCAGGCCGAGCUCGACGCGGUCAUCGGAAAGCACCGAGCGCCGACUUUUGCCGACCAAGAAUCCCUUCCUCGCCUGCAAGCCUUCAUUUCUGAGGCUUUGAGAUGGAGACCCCUCACUCCCAACGGAUUGGCUCACCGAACAACCAAAGACGUAAUUUGGGAAAACUAUUGUAUUCCAGCGGGGACUACGGUAUUUGGCAACCAUUGGGCCAUUUCUCGAGAUCCAGAAGUCUACCCUGAGCCUCACGCGUUCAAGCCUCAGCGCUGGAUUGAUGACCAAGGUCGCCUGAGAGACGAUCUUAAAUUCUUCGUCUUCGGGUUUGGUCGGCGUGUAUGCGCCGGUCAACAUGUCGCCAACAGAUCGGUGUUCAUCAACUCGCUCCUUAUUCUUUGGGCCUUCCGGCUUACUCUAGAUCCUACGAAGCCGUUUGAUGAUAUGGGGUUCAUAACCAGGCAAAUAUCAAAACGGCCGUCCGCAAUUGAGUUUGAGACGAGGAUUCCGGACACGGAGAUCAGGCGCAUGAUGCAGAAUUAUCCCGAGGUUGCAUGAAAAACCUCGACAGCCUCUAGGAAGUCGGGGUUGUCUGACUCCACCAGGUUUCUUGUACAUUCACGCAAAAUCGUACGCAAGUCGAGUAGCAU